UUCCCACAAAGAUGGAACACGGGAAAUCGAGGAUGGACCAACUCCUGCAGGAUCGCGCAGUGUACCAGCAGCUGUGUAAGGACUAUUUGAACCUCAAAGUGUUGGCCCAGAAUGCGUGCACGAGUCCGGAACGCCUGGCAAAGUGCAAGGAGUUGGUGCGCGAUCCAGUUUACUCCCCGCGGAAACUGGGCCGUAUUCACCAGUUCGGGGAUUUCUUGCGCUUACUGGAGCAACGCAAUCUACUUAGUAUGAUCAAACCGGAACAGCUGGAACGGUUUGAAGAAAUGCUCGACUCGCAGGACCUCUUUACGGAUCUCAAGCGAUACCGACAAACGCUGGAUGCGCAUCGUGCAACGAUCGAAAGGCACUAUCUUGAAGAUCUACGCCACCGGGAUCGUCGUACACUGUUGGAAAAGGAGGUAGAAAGAGUUAAGCUCGAGUGUGGCGGCGGUAAAGAAGAGGGCAAGCGAACGGCGGAGCCUUCAAAAACGGACUCCAGCACCAAGGAAGUUCCAACGUUCGCCGAGAAACGGGACGAACUUUACACGCUGCUGCAGAACGAAAUCGGAAGGGAUUGGCGAACGCUGGCUCGUGCCCUCAAUCUUACCAGCACCGAUAUCGAUGAACUAGAAUCAAGCUACCGCCUGCGGGAGCGAAUCCUGGCGGUGGUAGAACGGGCUGAACAAACGCAGGGAGCUGAUUCGUUGGAGGUGUUUCUGGAUAAUCUACGAAGCGCCCUGGCCAGAUGUCGGCGAAAUGAUCUCGUCAAGAAAAUGAACAAAAUGUUGCAAUAGUUCCACUCGCGGUGCCUUGUAUGAUCUUGGACCAGAUUUCGACAUACUGAUACAGGUAUUUAAUACCCUUUACACAUUUUAUAGAAAUUGUUUAUCUAGAUUUUUAAGCAAAAAAUAUACAUUCCACAAAUCAGAUUUUAUAGUAACAUUGAAAUAAUUUGGUAGAAAAUAAAUAUUGAACAAAGAUAUUCCAUA